CCGAUGUAGCGACUUACACGUUGGGUCAUAGUUGCAUGUCUAAAAUAUACUUUUAACUUAUUUGACAUUUAAUGUUAGCCAGCCUUAGGUCAAUAUAACCAACAUUAUAUUCCGAAGAUCUGUCUGUCCUACUUAUUCAUACCACCAGGCGAUCGUAAUAUUUUAUUUGUUUAUUUUUACAAAUGCUGUAUAUUUGGCGAACGACUUACGAACCAACUAGCUAGAGCGAUACUGUUUUAAAACUUGUGUGAAAGCAUGGACUCGAACAACACACCUUGCUCUGAGUUCAUGGACUUAGACCUCGACACAUCAGCCUCUAACAUUAAUGGAUCUAAACAGGAGAAGCAGCUUUCUGCUCCACAAAGAAGGUACUACAGCUUCUGCAGGAGAAAGUCAUUUGCUGCCUUUGUGGCGUCCAAGGCGGAUGGAGGCGAGUCUUGGUGCUGCUGUGGGGAAACCUUUAAGGAACACGCUGCCAUCCACAAACAUGUUGCCAAGACUCAUGAUUCUGAAGUAAAGCAGCUCACACAGGCAACAUAUAAACACCUGUUAAGCCAACUAGAAGAAGAUCCUGAAGCACAGCAGCAGAAUCAGCAUGAUGUCAAGCCAGUUGACAUUUCUGCUUGGAUACCAGAUAUCAGUCACAUCUCAAAAGAGGAACUUCAGAGUGGUUCAGGCACAGUUCUUCUCUAUUAUUGCUACUGUCUAGUGGAGGAUCCGCACAUAAUCUGUGAAUGGCAGAAAGCUUUGUGUGAGGCGCUCCACUUAACUGGCAAGGUGAGGGUGGCGACAGAAGGCAUUAAUGGAACAGUUGGUGGCUCAAAUGUGGCCACCUCCCUUUACAUCAAUGCAAUGUGUUCACAUCCUGUCUUCAAGAUGGACAGAGAGGAUUUUAAGACAAGUGAUGGUGGUGCAGAGUGUUUCACGGGCCUGAGGGUUGGAGUCUAUAAGGAAAUUGUUCCCAUGGGAGUGAAUCCUGAUGUCAUCUCCUACAAACUCGCAGGAGUUCACUUAGAGCCUGACGAGUUUCAUAAACAAGUGGAGGCUCUUUUGGCCAAAGGAGAUCUGUGCAACGACACCGUCCUUCUGGACUGUCGUAACUUUUAUGAAAGUAAAAUUGGGCAGUUUACUCAGUGUCUGGCCCCAAACAUUCGUAAGUUCAGUUACUUCCCAGACUAUGUGGACCAAAACCUGGAACUGUUCAGAGAAAAGAAAGUCCUGAUGUACUGCACAGGAGGGAUCCGCUGUGAGCGCGGCUCCGCCUACCUCUGCUCCAAAAAUGUUUGUAAAGAGGUUUACCAGCUGAAGGGUGGAAUUCACAAGUACCUGGAGCGUUUCCCAGAGGGCUUCUAUCGAGGAAAGCUUUUCGUCUUCGAUGAGCGCUACACCAUUUCUUCCAAUCAAGAUGUCAUCUCAGACUGCAGGUACUGUGGCCUCCCCUGGGACCAUUAUGAGCUGUGCUCCACUCAGUUCUGUUGCCAGCUAGUUCUGUCCUGCCCCAGCUGCAGACAGAACGGACACACCGCCUGCUGCCCCACCUGCCAGACCAAAGGACAGACCUCCACCGAUCCACGGCACAAGGAGGAGUGCGAGUGCACUGAUGGACGUCCUAGAAUCCCCCAGGAUGUCUAAUGACUUUGGGUUUAGGGUUGGACUUCAGCCACAUGAAAACACAGGGAUAUUAGUUCAAAUGUACAACUAAAAAUAGUGGAAGACUUCUUUUAAAAUGAUUCAUUUUAAAUAUAUGGAUGUGCAGUCUGAAUGUUUGGCAUCAAGGUUUAUUAUAUGCAUAUUAUAAAAAAAAGUGAGAUAAAGACGUGUGUGUGCGCGCGCACGUGCGCGUGUCAGAUUACAAAUUGAAUUGUAUUUGUCUUAAAUUGUAACUGUACUAAAAUAGAUAUUAAAACAGAUUUCACAGCA